GAGAGCUAUAGAAAAUUCCACGACCUGUUUUUUCAUGUUCUGAUCACCAUACGGAGAUGUCAUUAUAAAGUUUAAUACAUCGUGUAUGGAAUUGUUACAUUUUUAUUUGUCCCCAGAUUUGAACACCCAUUUAUCUCAUUAAAUCAAAGGGAAUCUAACUCUGUGCUCCUUUGGGUAGCCGAGACAGUCGGCUGGAAAAGAAAUCCUUGCCCUUCUAUUGGUGUCUGCACGUGCCUGACACAUAAAUGUUAAUAGACGGAUGUUCAGUCCUUUGUAGCACGUAAUUUCCGGAGUGACACAUAAUUUUGUGCACGACCCAGAAGUGCGUGGAAGGAGUGAACGUUUUGGAUGACCAACUGCCCUGAACGUGUUCCUAGUUUCACCUGCCACUGAUAUCCGUAAUGAAAACAAUAUUUUAGUAUAAUGACAAUUGGUUUCUCCAUUCGGGCCUCUAUCCAAAACCAAAACUGCCACGUGUUUAUGAAACACUGGACAGUAGCCGAUGCGAGCGAGUGUGGCAUAAGGAAAUCACUGUGGGCUUCUUCACCGAUCAGUUUUAUCCGACUUGUCAGAAACCUGACCUAAAAAUGUCGUCCACUGGACCUCGAAAACCUGAUCCAUUAAGCGGUACUAGUGUUACAUUUAAAAUAUUUUUAUCUUGGAUUGUGUUCGACCUGGGACCUACAUUUUCUGUCGCGUUGGUAUGAAAGGAAUAUUAUCUCGCCGGAGGAUUGCGUCACAGUGACACUGACUUCAUUUUAUGAGUGAGAUGCAGUUUAUCUCACGAGAUGUUCCUCCGCAGGUAUUGAAGCAAAGAGUUGAAGACGUGACGCUGCCAGGAGGCGAGAAAGUGGACGUGAUUGUGUCGGAAUGGAUGGGCUUCUAUCUGUUGCACGAGGGGAUGCUGGACUCGGUGCUCCAUGCCCGAGACGUCCACCUCAAGGCUGGCGGCAAGCUGUUCCCAGAAAAGGCAGAACUCUGGUGUGCCCCCUGCAGCUUGCCUCACUUGUACGACCUCUCAUCCGCGGAACUGAAUUCGGUAUCGGGAAAGUGUCUGUUGCCCGCGCGUCGCGGGGGGAAGUACCAGGGUGUCUGCGUCUGGUUUUCUUGUCUGGUCCCGAGCGCCGUGGAGUUGUCCACCGCACGCUCUGAUCCGCCCACGCACUGGAGGCAGACAGCGAUCCUGCUCCCGCGCGAGGUCCCCGUGGAAGAGGGAACUCCUUUCGCCUGGGAGCUGCGACUGGACAGGAGCGUUGCCAACUGUCGACAGUACGACGUAAAGUUCUCUGAGCUGGACCCGGGGGAGGUGAAUCACCCUGUGCCCUGCGCGUGUCACCUUUAUGCAACAAAAGGAGGAGGAGGACAUUUCUGGAGAAGAGUUACGACUCUGAUGAAAGCUGCCUCGCGCGUCACCCGGACGUCGUGACGCUGGCUGUGAACUGCGAUCCAGACUGCGGAGGAAAUGUCUUCUGGCCACGCGGCAGUCGUGAGUCUCGUUUCCAGCUUGCAUUUGCGCUUUGUACGUAAACUUUAUUUCGUAGGAGAGUUGAUGGCACGGCUGUAAAAUAAAGAAAGGAAAUUAAUUGUGCA